CAAGUGUCGUGGUGAAUCGGCUGCCGCUGGACCUCUGUGACUCUGAAGAACUGACCCAGCUCUUCUCUGAAACCUACAAGCCUGUCUUCUGCCAGCUUGCUCAGGAUGAAGGCAGCCCAGUCCGAGGCUUCGGUGUGGUGGAGUACGAGAGCGCAGAGCAGGCAGAGGCUGUGCUGAUAGAGAUGGACCGAACAUUGGUGGGAGGACAGGAGGUCCGUCUGUCACUCUGUUCCCCCGGCACCUCAGGGAGAAGCACCCUGGCUGCUCUCAUCGCCGCCCAGGGUAUGAUUCUGAGUAAUCGGAAAGGUCUGCUACCAGAGCCAAACCUAGCCCAGCUGUUGACCAGUAUGACCAACCCUGCUGCUCUGCAGAUCCUCAUGAGGCCGUAUCAUACUGGGAAAAGAGGAGGGAAGUAUGGGCGUCACACCAGCCUGCCGUUCCUCAGACCUCCUCUCACCACGGCUCUGCUCACACUGGGAAAAGCACACCAGAGUGCUAUGCUUGGCAAUGGACUAGUCCUCCAGAACCUCUUGCAUAUGCAGCUCGCGCAGCAACAGCUCCUACACAUCAAAGACAAACGCAUCAGCAGUGUCUCCAGUCUGCUCGGGGACCCGUCCAGGCUGUUGAUGCAGAAGGCUUUGUCUCUGCGGCCUCCAGGCCUUGUGCCUUUGGGGAAAGGCCUCCUGGGAGACUCACCUACAGAGUUGAGCCAAGAGUCAGUGCCAUCAUCCACCCAUAAUGCCACAGUAGUGGUAUCAGCAGCAGGUGUGAUGCCAUACCUCCAGGGUCGAGCUGGAGGGGGAGAACAAAACAUCACCCAUUCUAUUUCCACAACUCCUUCUGCUUCUUCCUCCUCCUCCUCUUCUUCUUCCACCUCCACCUCAUGUGACAGGCAGCCAGCUCCUCCUGGGACCAUGGUGAGCUCCCACCCGCAGGGACAGAGCUACUCCUUGGGUAUAAGUAACUCAGGCCUUGGUCCGCCUCCACCUAACCUACCUGGAGGGGUUUAUACGUCAACAGGCCAGCACAACAGCUCAGAUGGCUGCCCCCUGGCUAGCAUGGUGAACAGUGGUCAGAGCUCUCUGUUGGGUGAUCCUCCUAAAGAAGUCAGACUGCCCUCCAAUCCUUACCUGAACCUGGCCAGUGUAAUGCCAGGUGUCGUUCUGCAAGGAUCGGUGGGGAGUAAAGCCCAGGGAGGACAGCCUGGCUCCGGGAUGUACGGCACCUCAGUUGCUCCCGUUGCCUCCCAGGGUUCCAGUUCCUUCUCCCACGGCUCGGCAGCAAUAACCACAGCUCCAUACAGCACCGAUACCUCCACUGACUACAGCCAAUACAACCAGGCCUACACACAGGAGGCCAUGCAGCAGUGGUACCAGCACUACCAAGCAGCACAGGCUCACACCUACAGCACUGCUGCUCCACAGGACGGUACGGCCACAGACUACAGCAAGGAGCACACACAGGCUCCACCAGUGACGACCUAUGGGGAUUACAGUUCCUACAUGCAGGCGGUCACUCAGUACUACUCCCAACCUGCAACAGCCAACCAGGCCUAUGCCAGCAAGGAGGUAGAUGUGUGUAAGCCUCUAGGAGUGUCUCUGCACGCGGUCAGUAACGGCGCGGCUCCUCCACCAGCCGUCCUACCAGCUGCUGCCGUGCUCCCAGCCUACAGCACCCUGCCUUUAAUGCCCGGCUUCCUCGGGGCACCACACCCAGCGGCGGCGGCAAACCCCGUCACGCAUGCACACACUGCCGCCACUGACUGGAACACCUACUACUAUAACCAGACGAGGGGCCACAAGAGGGAGUACCCUCAGUUGGCGGUGCAGGAAGUGACAUCUUCAGACGGCGCCUACAUUGGGCAACACUCCCAAGGCCUGGGCGGCCAGUACGCUGACUACUUUAAGAGGAAGAGGCUCUAGUAUGAACCAAACCACCUUAAAGCCUAAAGCUUAUGGAGGGAGGCACACAUACACACACACACACAGCGUCUGCUGGAUGUCACAGCUCCCUCUAGUGGCCUUUCUGUGGCAGCCAUUUUGCAUCCCUAAAGUAGGUAUUGCGUUUAAUAGAAUUUGGGGUCGCAAAUGGCUCAAGUGAAAGUAAGCCAUAGUGCUCUUUGAUCCUGGCACUUAUGUACACACACACACACACACACACACACAUACAUACACACACACAAACACACACAAACACACACAAACGCACACACAGACACAAACACGGUGUUGCUUUUGUCCUGUUCAAGCCUUAACUCUUUAACUUAAACUGUUGUUUCUCAGUGUGUCAACUGUACUUAACUAAUAUUCUAAUCUUGUACAUUUUUUCUAAUAUGAUGUAAACUUAAGUAUGCUGUAUCUGUACGUAUAAGCUGCUUUUGUAUUUGCAGCCAGGCGACCUGUCUGCCUGCUGAAACUGUCUUAGGACUGGUCUUACAGUCAGGUGUCUCCCUCUCUGUCUCCUUCCAAAAGAUAAAACGUGUCAGUUGUUGCACACUCACGCUUUGAUUAGUCAGUCGAACUGACAUCUGUUCGUUCCCGCUUCAGUGUCUUUUCUCUUUUCCUUUUAUUGCCCAGGUUCCUCUUUUAUAUCUCCCUGCGGGGAUUUAGAGUGUGUGUGUAUGUGUGUGUGUGUGUGUGUGUUUUAUGCGUGUUGUUAUGCUGUUUCUGUAGGAAGUGUCAGCCAUUUCAAUCCCAAGGUUUGGGAGCACAUCAGGAAAAAAAAAAGGGCCUGAACCAAUCAAAGCUCUUUAUUGUGGUGACUUACAAUAGCUUCCCUCGAUGAAUGGACCUUUCUUCUAAAGACUGGACACAACAUAAAAGGCUGGUGUAAAUACAGUGUGUAAUAAAGAAUAUAUAAAGCCA